CAUGGAAUUGGAAAAAAUUAUAAAUGUCAUUAAAAUGACGACAUAGUUGGACAAUAUCAAGAAAGUCAGAGUCAUUAAUACUAAUAUUACAGAAACAUAUGCCUGUUCCGGUUUGAUCCUGGUCCAAAUCUUGUUGUCAUCUGCAUUAAUUGCUGUGAACAUUUUUCCUUAUAGAGCUGAAUUAUGAUGGUAACAGAAGUAUAAGGAAACAGAAGAUUUUAAAGAUACACCGAUGAUGUUGAUUGUUUUUCAGUAUUUAUUUAUUAUUCGAAUUACUGUCUCCUCUUCGGCAUUGUAAACAUCUCAUCUCACCAACUCUUAAAAACACCCACGUGUUUCCCUUCCUCUGUUCUUCUUCUUUUUUUUUUUUCUUUUUGCAGGUGUUUGCGCAUUACAGUGACUUAUUCUUCUUCUUCUUCUUUUUUUUCUGGGUUUAAAUUCUGCCUUUUUUUUUUUUUUUUUGGCUUCAAUGGUUGAUUGGGUGAGAACUAAGAUGAACUGGGAUUUUUUAUUUGGAGUUAGAACUGGUGUUUACGUAAAUAUUGCCAAUGUAGCUUUUUGGGUUUUGUUAUUAGCAUGGCUUUUGAUGGAUAUCUUGAAAGGAAGGAGAGGUGGUAGCGAUUUAGACAAGGAAAAUAAAGCAGUAGAAGGAUCUAAACUGUUUACUAGAAUUACUGUUCUUUGCAAUGUGAUACUUUUAAUUUUCAAUCUUGGUUUCGGGUUUCGUGAGUAUUUGGAUCGUAGAGAUAUCAACUGUAAAUCUAUUACUUGGAUUUUAGCUACUGUAGUUGUAUUCUAUUCCCAACAAAGAAAUGUUAGAGAAGGCAACAAGUGGCCCCUAGUCCUCAUUCUUUGGUGGGUAUUUUCCUGCAUUAUGUAUUCAGCUUCUGUCUCCAUUUACUUCAUCACCCACUUCAGUUCUAUUCAGCUCCCUAAUCCUUUGCCUAAACCCAACAUUGUGGAAUUCAUUUCCUUUCCAUUUUCAAUACUGCUUUGUUGCCUUGCUCUAAGAUUCAGUUGCAGUACUAGGAUAGGAACUGGUCUCAAACAACCUUUGCUUCAAGAAGAACGAAAGAGAGUGUUAAAAGAUUCAAGUAGUUUUACUACUGCUGGAAUUUGGAGCCAGAUCACCUUUCAAUGGCUAAAUCCACUGUUUAGAAGGGGAAGAAUCCAAAAACUAGAAUUAUCCAACAUACCUUUAGUUCCUCAAUCAGAAACAGCAAAGUGUUCUUCCUCGUUGCUCGAAGAAUCACUUGGAAAAAGAAAAAAUGAAAGCUCUAACUUGCCUAAGGCCAUAGCUUAUGCUGUAUGGAAAUCACUGGCCAUAAAUGGAGUUUUUGCAGGAGUUAAUACAAUAGCCUCCUAUAUGGGUCCUCUUUUGAUCACAAGCUUUGUAAACUUCUUAUCUGAGGAACAUGAAGAUUCAGGCUACCUCUAUGGGCUGAUUCUUGCAUUUAUCUUCUUUAUGUCAAAGACAAUUGAGUCACUAACAGAACGGCAAUGGUACUUUGGUGCUCAGCGUAUUGGCAUCCGAGUAAGGUCAGCUCUUAUGGUAAUGAUCUACAAGAAAUCUCUAUCAGUUAAAUUUUCUGGUCCAAGCAAUGGUACAAUCAUAAAUAUGAUCAAUGUAGAUGUGGAGAGAAUUGGAGAUUUCUGUUGGAACAUUCAUAGAGUAUGGUUGCUACCACUUCAGGUAUUUUUGGCCCUUGUUAUUCUGUAUAAGAAUCUGGGUGCUGCCCCAUCGAUUGCGGCCCUCUCUUCCACAAUUUUCAUUAUGGUGAGCAACACACCAUUGGCAAAUAAACAAGAAGAGCUUCACUCAGAUAUCAUGGAAGCUAAGGACUCUAGAAUCAAAGCAACUUCAGAAACUCUCAAGAGCAUGAGAGUCUUGAAACUGUAUUCAUGGGAAUCCGAGUUUUUGACUAAGCUUCUUCAACUUAGAGAAAUUGAGAGAAAUAAGCUGAGAAGUUACCUUUAUACAAGCUCAGCAAUUGCCUUUCUCUUUUGGGCUUCACCUACUCUAGUCUCUGUCAUUACAUUUGGAGUCUGCAUUUUGUUAAAAAUACCAUUAACAACAGGCACAGUCCUAUCAGCAUUAGCCACUUUCCGAAUUCUGCAAGAACCCAUCUAUAACCUGCCUGAGCUCAUUUCCAUGAUUGCUCAAACUAAGGUUUCAGUUUAUCGCAUCCAAGAAUUCAUAAAAGACGAGGGUCAAAGAAAGCAGAUAUCUUAUCAUAAUUCACAAGCAUCUGACAUCGCAAUUGAAAUUGAGACAGGAGAAUAUGCCUGGGAACGAAGUGAUCGGGACAUAAGGAAACCAAUUAUUAAAAUAACAGAAAAACUGAAAAUAAUGAAGGGUUACAAAGUUGCAGUUUGUGGAUCAGUUGGCUCUGGAAAAUCAAGCCUCCUCUGCAGUAUACUUGGUGAGAUCCCCAGAAUUUCUGGAGCAGGAAUCAAGGUGUAUGGAAAAAAAGCUUAUGUUCCCCAAAGUGCCUGGAUUCAGACAGGAAUAGUGAAAGAAAAUGUGUUGUUUGGCAAGGAUAUGGAUAAGGCCUUUUAUGAGGAUGUUAUGGAAGGAUGUGCAUUGAAUCAGGAUAUUAGGAUAUGGACUCAUGGAGAUUUGACUGUCAUUGGAGAGAGAGGGAUAAACUUGAGCGGAGGACAAAAGCAGAGAAUUCAACUUGCAAGGGCUGUUUAUAGUAAUUCAGACGUUUAUAUCCUGGAUGAUCCUUUCAGUGCUGUCGAUGCACAUACUGGAACACAUUUGUUCAAGAAAUGUCUUGCACAACUCUUAUCUCAGAAGACUGUCAUAUAUGCUACCCAUCAACUGGAAUUUGUAGAUGCUGCAGACCUUGUCCUGGUGAUGAAAGAUGGUAUAAUUGUCCAGUCAGGAAAAUAUGAAGAUCUAAUUGCAGAUCCCACUAGCGAACUUGUUAGACAAAUGGCUGCCCAUAAAAAGUCUCUAAACCAAGUGAAUCCGCCCCCAGAAGAUAAUGCCUUAACCAGUGUAGCCUGUCAGUUAAAUCAAAAUGAAGUCACAGAAGAAGAGUUGGAAGAGCCAAUCAGUAACAGUAGAUUAUCAGAGGGUACUCAAGAAGAAGAAACUGAAACUGGUAGAGUGAAAUGGAGUGUUUACUCAACUUUUGUUACUUCAGCUUAUAAAGGAGCCCUUGUUCCAGUUAUCCUUUUAUGUCAAGUCUUCUUCCAAGGGCUACAGAUGGGCAGUAAUUAUUGGAUUGCUUGGGCAUCAGAGGACAGACACAAAAUCAGCAGAGAGCAAUUGAUUGGGAUAUUCGUUCUAUUAUCUGGUGGAAGUUCCAUCUUUAUAUUAGGAAGAGCAGUUUUGCUGGCAUCUAUUGCUGUUGAGACUGCUCAGCGACUCUUCCUUGGAAUGAUAAAAUCAAUUUUUCGAGCACCUAUAUCAUUCUUUGAUUCAACACCUUCUAGUAGAAUUCUGAACAGGUCAUCUAUGGAUCAAAGCACGGUAGACACAGACAUUCCAUACAGAUUAGCAGGAUUGGCAUUUGCACUGAUUCAGCUAUUGAGCAUUAUCAUCCUAAUGUCUCAGGUGGCUUGGCAGAUCUUCAUUCUCUUUCUUGUGAUCCUUGGAAUCUCAUUGUGGUAUCAGGCCUAUUACAUUACUACUGCUAGAGAAUUAGCCAGGAUGGUUGGAAUCAGAAAGGCUCCUAUCUUGCAUCAUUUUUCAGAAUCCAUAGCGGGAGCAGCAACUAUUCAUUGUUUCAAUCAGCAAGAUCGCUUCUUGAUGAGAAAUCUGAGCUUGAUUGAUGAUUAUUCUCGCAUAGUUUUCCACAAUACAGGAACAAUGGAAUGGCUAUGCCUUCGAAUCAACUUUCUCUUCAACCUUGUCUUCUUCCUAGUUCUGAUAAUCUUGGUGAACCUUCCAAGGUCAGCUAUUGAUCCCAGUUUGGCUGGGCUGGCAGCUACUUAUGGUCUGAACCUGAAUGUUCUUCAGGCUUGGGUUAUAUGGAACCUAUGCAAUGUAGAGAACAAAAUGAUAUCAGUUGAAAGAAUUCUUCAAUUUACUAACAUACCCAGUGAAGCUCCCUUGGUGAUUGAAGACAGUAGGCCAAAUCCUAAAUGGCCAGUAGAUGGAAGAAUUGAACUAGUAAACCUUUGUGUCCAAUAUAGUCCUUCUCUCCCAAUGGUUCUCAAAUCAAUUACUUGCAUUUUCCCAGGAGGGAAGAAAAUUGGUGUUGUGGGGAGAACAGGAAGUGGAAAGUCUACUUUGAUUCAAGCACUUUUUCGGGUGAUUGAGCCCUCAGAAGGACAGAUUCUUAUUGAUGGACAGGACAUUUCCAAGAUAGGUUUGCGAGAUUUGAGGUCCGGGCUAGGUAUAAUUCCUCAAGACCCCACAUUGUUUCAAGGUACUGUGAGGACUAAUCUGGACCCUUUGCAAGAACACUCAGACCAUGAAAUCUGGGAGGUUCUCAAAAAGUGUCGUCUCGCUGAUAUAGUAAGGCAGGAUUCACGGCUCCUUGAAGCACCAGUUGCUGAAGACGGAGAAAACUGGAGUGUGGGGCAGAGGCAGCUUGUUUGUCUGGCUAGAGUACUUCUGAAGAAGAGAAGAAUUUUGGUAUUAGAUGAGGCCACAGCUUCUAUUGAUACAGCAACAGACAAUAUCAUUCAGGGGGCUAUCAGAGAAGAAACAAGUAGAUGCACUGUCAUCACUGUCGCACAUCGAAUACCCACUGUUAUUGAUAAUGACUUGGUUUUGGUUCUUGAUGAAGGCAAGGUGAUAGAGUAUGACUGCCCUGGACAGUUGCUCAAAGACAGUUCUUCGUCAUUUUCUAAAUUGGUCGCAGAAUUCUUGAGAAGAUCAUCCAAGAGAACCUCACAUAGAUAAUUUCUUUAAAAGUAGAAGAACAAGCACCAACUUCAGUCUAUCCCCACCAAAUGUGGUUGAUAAUCAGGUUGUAAUAUUAAUCGGUGUGCAAUCUGAUCGUAUUGGCAGAAAAAGGCAGAAUACAAGACUAAUCAGCACAAGUGUACAUCCUAACCAUGUACAGUACAAUUAGGGAACCGGGAAAUAACAUAGACUAGAUGAAAUGAGGAGCCUCUGUGCUUGGCUUAUCAACAUAAAAUUGCUAACCAUGAGUUAUAGCUUUUCCAGUAUGUAAUUGAUGAAAGUACUCUAAGAAACGAUAUUUAAACUAGUCAAAUUAUAAUACAAAAAAGAAAUUGCAGGUCAGCUAGUAAUUAAUGUGAUGGAA